AUGACCUCCACUAUUCCCAAUGCCCUGAAUGGUGCGGCGAAAACACACGUAGUACCAGCUGGGCGUGGUUAUGCUUUCACUGUCAAGGCAGGCUCUCACCUUCGCAUCAUCGAUUUGCAUGGGGAGCAAGUCGUUGACAUGAUGGCAUGGCGAGCUCCCUAUUCCUCCGAUACAAAAUGCGAGCAUUUCUCGACUUCUUAUACCAGAUGGUUCCUUGGCAGCCAAGCCCCUCCUGCCGUUGGGCAGUACCUAUACACCAAUCACGCGAAGAAGAUGUUCCAGGUCGUCGAAGAUAGAGUCAAAGUGCACGACAUGCAGUACAUGGCCUGCAACCCUGCGCUCUAUGCAGAGAUUGGGAAAGCUGAGCAUAGGAGUUGCGCAGGCAACUUUGCCGAGGCCAUGACCACCUAUCUCAAGGAAAACGUUGACCCGGACGCAAAAUUCGAAUGGUUCCAAGUUCACGACCCUUUCAACACUUUCUCAGAACACGCCAUACUACACAAUGAAGGGUUGGAUGGACUCUAG